AAACCAUAUAUGCUGUCUUCCACCCAAAAUCAAUCUCUCAUCAUAUAUUAGCAUUUCAAUUCUCCCGUAAUUAUCUGCAGCAAUCUCUUUUCAUAUUUUCAUAUAAACCACUCUGAUCUCUUCUUCUACCAAAUGCUCUCUCUUCUCUGAUCUCCAUUUCCUAGCUUCCUCAACUCUUUUUCUACUUUAAUUAAGAAAUCUGCAGAUUUCUUAAAGAUAUAUAUUGGAUAGUGGCUCUAAAAUUCAUUUCUCUGCCCAUUCAUUUACAGAUCAGAUCAGAGGCAAAUUAUAAUCUUUAACAAGUUAGUUCUUUCAAUUAACUCAAAGUACGUGUUCAUCUCGAGAGAUCGUCAAGGUUUUCCAUAUAUAUAUAUUAAGACAUAAUACAAGCUUUUCGAGAUCAAAAUGAUGCCAAACAUCUCUAAUCCAGAUAAUGAUAUAGUUGUGGGUUUCAAGAAGGAAGAAGAAACUAUCAUAGAAUAUCUUUUUCAUGGGUCAGACGAGAGAGAAGUUAUUUUAAUUACUGGCAUGGGUGGAUUGGGGAAGACAACUUUGGCCAAGAGAGUGUAUGAGAAGAAAAAUGUAGCCAACUUUUUUGACGAGUGUGCAUGGUGUACUGUUUCUCAAGAAUAUGAUUGCAAGGGAUUGUUGAACAAAAUAUAUGGUCAAGUAUGUGGUAGUGAGAUAAAGAUGGGCAGUAGUGUAUCGGAAGAGCUUCGCAAAAGUUUGAUGGGAAAGAGAUACCUCAUAGUGUUGGAUGAUAUUUGGAGUCCAGAAGCAUGGGAAGAGUUGAAUAGAGUUUUUCCCUCAUGUGACAAUGGAAGUAGAAUUGUCUUAACAAGCAGAGAAGAAAAUGUGGUUUCUGAUGCCAAACAUAUUCAUCUUCCAUUCUUCAGUACUGAUGAGAGCUGGGAAUUAUUGCAAGUGAAGUUAUUUAAAGGGAAGGGAUGUCCUAAAGAGCUUGAAAAUGUUGGAAGAGAAAUAUCUAAAAAAUGUGGGGGAUUACCUUUGACAGUUGGUUUGAUAGCGGGUCUUCUUGAAAAAGAUAAAAAUAGUGAGAAAAAGUGGCGUAAAUUUCUUCUUACUUUAAACUCACAUGUUACAUUUGGAGACGGAAUACAAAGCAAUGAUGCGAUAGAGCUUAGUUACAGGUAUUUAUCAGAUCAUUUGAAACCAUGCUUACUUUACUUUGCUGCAUUCCUAGAGGAUGAAAAAAUUAAAGUUUCGAAACUAAUAGAACUAUGGAUAUCUGAAGGAUUUAUCAUAGGAAUGACAGAGAAAGAGAGAGUAGAAGAUGAGGCAGAGGAUUACUUAAACCAUCUGGUUAGUAGUAACCUAAUUAUGGUGUCUGGAGAGAAUUAUGAUGGUCGCAUCAUAUCAUGCACAGUUCAUGAUUUGGUACGUGACUUUUGCUUAACAAAAGCUAGAGAGGAAAUUUCCAUGGAGAUAAUUAAUAUGGAAAAGAAGUGGGAUCCAACUCUGAAUUUUAUCCCACAUCGAAUGUGUUUUCAUAUGCAUUCGACAUCCGAUAAUGCUUCUAAAUUGGUACCACGGAAUUCUUCUAUUCACACAGUUUUGGUUUUCCAUCAUCAUUAUUCACCCUUUUAUAAUGCCUCAUGGAUUGCUAAAAAAUUUGAACAUCUCACAAUCUUGGAUUUAGAGGCCAUCCGUGUGUACCAAUCAUUUUUGUCUGAAGUUAGCUCACUAACUCAUCUAAGGUAUCUAGCUCUCGAAGUAGAUGUACAUCAAAAUGAUGAUGCAAAUGAUGUCUCACCAUUAUUACUACAGAAUCUUAAGUGUCUCAUAACAUUAAAGUUGCGAUCAAAUAAGGUGCAUUUCCCAAUUUUUUUGGGGAAUAUGAGUACAUUGAGACAUAUGGUUAUUACUGGUGGUGUCAGUUGCAAUAAGUCUUGUAUGGAGAAAUCAAGAUCAGUUAUGAUUGAAGCAAUUCCUGCUUGUUCAAAAGAAUUGCAAACUUGGGAAUCGCGAUGUCCUCUCACUCCAAUGCAUGAAGAUUUAUUGAGAAAGCUUCCAUGUCUCAAAGUAUUGAGGUGUGGUGUCUCAAGUUCUGAUGGCUUUCCUGAAAUUGACUUUCUCCAUCAUCUUGAAACUCUUGAGUUAUCAAGUAAUUAUGAAAGUUUUCCACUCAGCAAGUUUCCAUCAAGUAUUAAGAAAAUACAUUUGCAUUUUAUUACUCUUUCGGUGUCUGCAAUUUCAACAAUUGCACAACUUCCAAAUCUUGGGAGUCUAAUACUACUUGGUUGCAAGUUUGAGGAGAGCUUAAUAUGGAUUCUGGAGGAGGAAACCAAAUUCCCCAAACUCAAAAUCCUCCAAUUAGUUUUACUUGAUAUUGGAAUUUGGAAUAUUAGCAAUGUUGCUGAGUCCUUUCCUUGCCUUGAGCAAUUAGAUUUGGGAUAUUGUCGGAACUUACUACUGAUGCCUUCUAGUUUUGAUGAUGUUAUAACAUUGAAAAAGAUCUUCGUGACCAAUUGCAAUCACAAUGUUGAUAGUUGGGCGAAGAACAUUGAGGAAUCUGCACGGGAUAUAGGAAACGAGCAACUCAAUGUCGAGAUAAUCAAGGCAUCUAGUAUCAAUUCUGAGCAUGAGGCAAUAUAUGAUAGUCCUGAUUCCAACUCUGAGCAUGAGUCAAUAUAUGAUAGUUCUGAUUCCAACUCUGAGCAUGAGUCCAACUUUGUGAAUGAGGCUUGGAAUAAAUUCAAAUUAGUUGUACAUGCCGGGAUGAGGAAAUUUGAUGACAUGUGCGCUAAAAUAAAAAGAGGAGAAAGAAGGAGAAAGAGAGCAGGAGUAUGACCGAAGUGAUGCAUAGAGUAAUCAAAACUUGAUAUUACUUUUAUAUUUUGAAUUUGAAUAAUAUUAUUAAUAUUUUUCUACUGUAACUAUUUUCUUUAUAUUUACUCUGUACACGCAUUCUAUUCGAAUAUAAUACUUAGAAUCCUUGAAAUAUUUGAGUGUAUAAAGCAAAAUUUUAAAUGUA